CGACAGGGCAGCGGUGGUCGUUAAACUGUGCGUGGCGCGUGCGCUGGCUGAAGGGAUUUUGAGCGGUCCAUUUUCUUUUUCAGUGUCUGCGUCGCCUGAUCGGCAUCGUCGUCUUCGCCAAACCGGUCACCCACAUGCAAAGCAAAAGAACACCUGACGUUUCCAGUGCCUGAAACAGUGCGUUCCAAAAUGUCACCGAAGCAAAGUGUGCUGAUGGUGGGAGGCAACGGCCUAAUGGGAGGCGAGACAGCGUCACUUUUGAUCUCCGAGGGCACCUUCGACCUCACUCUGCUGAAUCGAGGCACCGUCUACUUCGACUCAGCUCAACGAAUAGACCCUCACGUAAACCACAUCCGCUGCGACCGAAGAGGGUCACUCACCGAGCUGGAAACCGAGACGACCCUGCGCGGUCGCUGGGACUUCGUCAUAGACUUCUGCGCCUACCGCGCGUCCGACGUCACCAAUCUCCUGACUACCCUAGACGGCAGGUUCGGCCACUACGUCUACAUCAGCUCCGACUCUGUGUACGAGGUAAGCUCGCCGUCCACCGGAGGGGGGCCCAGUGUGGAGGAGGAUGCUCGCCGGCCGGAGGACCCGGCCGAGCGCGCCCGGCUGGCGGACGCCAACCCGUACGGAGACGGUAAGCUGGCGGUGGAGGAGGCGCUGGAGGCGGCCGGCGUGCCGUACACGGCACUGCGUCUGCCGGACGUGCUGGGACCCAGGGACACCUCGCGACGCUGGUGGGUGCACCAGGCGUGGUUACAGCACGCACCUCUGGUCGGCCGACCGGUGCCGGUGUCUGCGGCAGUCGCAGGCCGCACCACCAGCUACGUGUUCGCCCCGGACGUGGCUCGCGCCGUGCGUCGAGUUAUGGAGGUGGUGAGCGCGGGUAAACCACCCUCGGGUGCCUUCAACCUAUCUCUGGGACGGGACUUCACCCUGCCGGAGCUGCUGAAGGAAAUCGCCACUGAGCUCGGAGGGCUCACACACUCUCUGACUGAGCUGACUGACGACCCGGCGCGGCACGGUCUCCUGCCGUCGGUGGACGAUACGCUACCCUCGGUCACCCGCGGCCCCGUGUCCAUCGCCCGCGCCCGCCACGAGCUCGACUUCGAGCCGACCCCGUGGCCACAGGUGCUGGGAGAGACAGUACAGUUCUGCAGGGAGGCGUUCUACAAAUACCCAGAGGAGCGGCAGCAUGUGCUGCAGAACCUGAAGUACGUGGCAGUGGAUGAUGAACAUCGACACCGAUUGGAGGAGGCAUUUGCGAACCUCGUUGAAGAGGGCGCAUGAAGUCAAUGUGAUCGGAUUUGUGACUUUGUCAUCCCUUGUCAGCAUGGCGAUAGUAUUUCCCGUAAUGCAAAUAAAACGAUAAAAUUUAUAAAUUUCUAUAGUCUCAGCAAAUCUUCGCAUCCAUUCACAGUCAACCCUCACCUGCAUUUGUUGGUCC